AUGUCCGCAGGACACUCUCGGCACUUGGUCGCCUUGAACGUGCGGCGCCAGCAGGAGGCCGAACUCGCUGCAGCGGAGGAGCGCGAGCGGGCAGAGACCGCUGCCGCAGCGGCAAGGGCGUCGAGGCUGGCAGCAGCGGAGCUGGCUGCAGCCAGAGCGGAGGUGCAGGCGGAAACAGCGGCGGCUGCAGCACGUGCGGCGGCAGCAGAGGCCGAUGCUCUGCGCAGCAACGCCAGCAGCUCCGUCUGUGCUGACGACAGCGCCGACGCAGACCUCGAGCUGCUGGCCAUGGAUGCAUCUCGAGAGCGUGCGGAGCGGUGGGCAGCCGAGCACACCUAUGGCGGCGGUGCUCCCAGAGGCGCGCACGGCGGUGGCGCUCCAGGCGGAGGCGCACCUGAUGGCCGCGCGUUGGAGGCCCAACGGUUGCGGGAGAGGGUUACUCACCUAGAGGCUGAGAUGGCCCGUGACCGACGACACGGCGGGCUCGACGGAGAGCACGCCCUUCACAGGCGGCGCGACUCCCUCUCCCCAGACCGGCGCCAAGGCCAUUACGGGGUCCAGGCCGUCGUCAGGGACGGUGGGUGGCCUACCCUCACCAAGACCAACUAUGUCGAGUGGGCCGCGAUCAUGAGGAUCAAGCUCCAGGUGCGGCACUUGUGGGAGGCGGUCUACUACGGCGACGGCGACUUCGACGAGGAUCGACGGUGA